UGACCAUGCAGGCCGAGAGAGAGCGAGAGGGAGAGAGAGAGAGAGAGAGGUCAGUCCUUUGGCUACUCUCCUCUGUCUCACAGCGGCUGUGUUUUUCUGCAGGUGUGAGUAUGGCAGGUAAAUCUCCUCCUGAGUCGAAUGUGGAUCUGAAGGAGGAAGAACGGAUGAUGGAGUUUUUCACACAGCAGGUGCAGCUGCUCAAAGAGAAAGCAAUGCUGCAGGCCUCAGUGCGCGAGGAGAAGAAACUGCUGGUGGAAAACGGGAAACUGAAGAAGGACAUAGAUGAGCUGAAGGGAAAACUGCAGGAUAUACGCAGGAAAAAAUCCAUGAAGCUCCAUCAGGAGAGGGUUCUGACCGCCUCUAUAACAGAGAUUAAGGCUACUGCCCCAGAGGGCUCACUUCAAACUGACCCAUCGCAGCCUUCCACUGCCCCCCCAGCUCAGAGGAGCACCCCGCACACUCACAGCGAGGGGAGGAGGAGGAGAGACCGGAGAGGAGCUCGUGUGGACUCCGCCGUCUGUCCUGCAGAUCGUCCCAGUGCAGUGUCCAUUUUGGAGCGAGACCACAGACCCGAUGUGUCCAGGCUGGACCUGCGGAUCGGCCGAAUCCUCACAGUCCGAAAACACCCAGACUCAGAGUCCCUCUAUGUACAGGAAGUGGACCUGGGAGAGCCCUCCCCCAGGACAGUGGUCAGUGGACUGGCUAAUCAUGUGGCUCCAGAGCAGUUACAGGACAGCCUGGCUGUGCUCCUGUGUAAUGUAAAGCCAGUGAAAGUGCGUGGGGUCCAGUCUCACGCCCGGCUGGUGUGCGCCGUCAAUCAAGACAAGAUGGAGCCUUUGGAUCCGCCCACCGGAGCACAGCCUGGAGACAGGGUCACCUUCCAGAACUACCCAGGUGAAGCUGAGCGGGAGUUGAACCCAAAGCGACGGAUUUGGGAGCGUUUACUGCCCGACCUGCGUACGGACGCCAAAGGCGUGGCCAACUAUAAGGGCGUGGGGUUCGAGGUGAGGGGGAAGGGCCUCUGCCGAGCCGCUACCAUCAGCAACGGAGGCAUCAAGUAAAAGAACGAGGGUCGUCACCAAGGUUACCAACAUCUUCGCCCAGCGUUGUUUUUCCACCCAACCUACCAGAUUCAGCUAAUCAUCCCUGCUGCAGUGAAUCCGGAGUGUUAAAACUGGGAAACUCUGAGCUCUGAAAUGUUCCACAACUGUCCAGUUCAGUAAGAAUCAUAAUAAAAUCCAGAGCUAUACAUUUC